CCCCCCCCGAAUGCACACGAUCUUCUUUGCUCCUUAGUCCCCUGAGAGAUCCCCCGCCUUCCUGUCCCGCCCCCUCCACGUGCUGAAGAUGGCUCGCGCCUUCCUCUCCUCCGUGGCCUGCCUGGCUGUGCUGAGCCUCUCGUCCCUCAGCGCGGCCGGUGCCCUGAGCCCGGCCGGCGCCGCCCUCGCUGAGGACCUCGGCGCCCAGACGACGUCCACGUCGCUGGAGCAACUGGCAGCCCGGCUGCACUCCCUGUCAUCGGUGGUGGCCACCGGGGUGCGUGCGCAUGCCGCCGAGCUCCGGGCUUCCGGCUCCAAGCCCGAUACCGACACCGACUCCGGGACCGACGACGACUCCGACGAUGACUCCGAUGACGAUGACGACGACGACGACGACUCCAGCCUCGAUGACGAGGCCCUCUGCAAGAAGCGUGGAUGUCAGAAUGGCGUCUGCCGCAUCGAGCACUCUGAUGAGGCGGCCGUUCUCAGCCGCAAGGCGGUCUGCGUCUGCACCAUGGGCUGGUCCGGCAAGCGUUGCGACAAGCCUCGCAAGUGCUCGGAUUACUGCCAGCACGGCAAGUGCACCUCCGCCGGUACCACCGGCGUUUGCCACAAGUGCGAGCCCGGUUGGGGCGGCACCGGCUGCCACCGGGCCCUCUGCACCGCCGAAGACCAGGUCAUCGUCAGCGAGGAUGAGUGCAUCCUCGGUCCGAAGGCCGGUGUUCGCCGGACGACGAUUGCCUACAAGCCGACCGCCACUUGCAUCGACCCGGCGGUCCUGCCCGAUCAGCCGGAGGAUGUUCCCACUCCCCCGCAGCACACCCUCGACCUGCCGUGCGGCUGUAGCAACAGCCGUGCGCGCAUUGUCCCCGACAUGGUGAGCGGCCCUUGCCUGGCGAUUGUCUCGCCACAGGACCCCCGAUUCAUUGAGGGCCGGCAAAUGCGCCUGCCGGUGCCGCUGGUGUCGGUGGUGGCCGAGACCCAGCUCGCUCGGGCAGCCCCCCUCGGCACGUAUGAUCUGGUGGAUGUCGUGGGCCCCGGCUCGCCGGAUACCUUUGGCUGCCUGGUGGAUGCGUCGAUUUCCUCGGUCCCGCCGGUGCAAUUGGAUGCCUGCUCCCUGGAGGGCAUGUACCCCCCCCCGGCGCCGAGUGGCAGCGCGGCCACCUUCGCCGACACGCCGGACGAGGAGCUUCCCACCCCGGUGACCCUGGUCAUCGGGCCUGGGGGCGCCCUGUCGCGCAUGGCCUGGGGCCCGGUUUCCGGCCAAUCCGGGUCCCAGGGCACCGAGGAGCCGGCCCGGCCGGACUUCGUCACCACGGCCGGGCUUCGCUGCCUGCCGCGGUCGUGCCUGCUGAAUGAGCGCUCGGAGGCCGGUGCGGUGCCAGGCGCGGCAUAUGGCGACUGUGCUCCGGUCACCGACCCGGCCCAGUGCGAUGUCAAUGCCAUCUGGCAGCAUGACCUGGCCACCGGGGCGCUGCGCAUCCGCCCGGAGCACCUGCCGCUGGAUAGCAUUGCCGAGGCGUCCUUCCCUGUGCAUGUGCUGCCCGGCCAGCCGGGCGCCAGCGUGGUGGUGGCCCUGGCCGUGGAUACCAGCCUGCCGGCCGGCGGGUCGAUCCCCGACAGCAUGGACAGCAUGCAGGUGGUCCUGCAGCGGCAGGCGCCCCGGGCGCCGGAGACCGGCUCCGGCCAGGCCGCGCCGGAGGCCGCCACCUUCGAGACGGUGUACCAGCUGGAUGUGACGGCGGUCAAUGAGCGCGCUGUGCGCCUGCCCCUGGCGGCGCACCCGGCCGAAACCCAGCACUACCGCCUGCUGGUCCGGUAUCUGACCUCGGCCAUCCAUGUGCCCGGUGCCCAGGGUGCCGGGGUAGUCCGGCGCCUGGCGCGUGAUCUGUCGCAUGCGGCCAUCGCCGGCAGCCGGUCCCUGGCCGAGGUGUAUGCCGCCGCGCAGGCGGCGGCCGGCGGCCGGCGCGAUGCCCUGGUCCAUGCGGUGGUGGUGACCCAGGCCGCGGUGCCGGUCUUCGAUUCGAUUCCCCGACUGGAGGGGACCCCCCUGCCGGAGGUGGAAGACCCGCCCCCGGGCGAGGGGUCGACCGAGCCGCCGCCCCCGGCCAAGGGCCGGAACACCACCGCCGUGCUGAUGGUGUCCGGCUUCUGCAUUUUGGUCACCUCGUUUGCGCUGUUUGUCUACAGCAAGAAUCGCCGCGAGCGCUUCGACACCGAGGACAUGCUGGACCCCAAGAACCCCGGGGCCCCGGUGCCGGCCGGCCGCGGGGAGAUGAUCGGCAUGACGCCGAUCCGGGCCGGGGCCGCGGCCGGUGCCGCGGCUGUGGCCGGCAGCGCGCGCGAUGGCUACCAUCGUGUGGACAGCUGGAUGGCCUCGGAUGAAGAUGAGGAGGAUGACAUGGACCCGCUGGGGUUGCACAGCGCGGAUUUGCACCAUGACGAGCAGCAGGGCGGCGGCUUGCCGCUGUACUACCCGUCGGCCGGGGCGGCUGCCGCGGCGGCCACCCCGCGCUCCAAUGGCGGCGCGCGGCUGAUCAUCGGCGGUGCCGGGCACCCGGCUGCCGGGGCCCCGAUCCCGGCCAUCCCGCCCCCUCCGUCGGCCGGCUCGCCGGGUGGCUUGUUGCCGCCCUCUUCGGCCGCCGGGUCCGGGCAGUUUGGCACCGGGGCCUCGGUUAGCCCGUCCGAGACGGCGGCCCUUGCCCUGGCGCCGACGGCCCUGGAGGCCGAUGACCCGGGCACCGAGACCGUGCUCUUCGAUGCCCCAGGCGAGGACCAGCUCCCGGAGCAGUACAUGGGCUUCGACGCCAACUGAGAGGCCAGCCGGCGGCGAGGGGGCGGGUCGGUGUGGCGGCGCAUGGGUGUGUGCGUGUGCAUAUGCAUGCGCAUGUAUGUAUGUGUGUGUGUGUGU